AGGUCUGGUUUCAGGAUUUUUCUCGGAACCAACACGUAUUUAUUUCGAUCAUCCCUUACACGAAAUAACUAUACAUUAACUAUUUCUUCUACAGAAGUUUGGAUAUUGUGACAACUUAAGCAUGCAUACUGUUUUAAGUCGCCUGAAUGUUGUUUUUGCAUAUUGUCUAUCAGUUUUGGGUGCUAUCACAGUAGGCUGCUUUUUAUCUACAUAUAUACUCUUGCCUUAUCAUGAGCCCAAUGUGUCUUAUGCUGUCAGCAAGCAACUUGUAAAGCAUGUUAGAGACUUUACAGCUGUUCGAGCAAAGAAUGAUAUGGGUUUUUUAAAAUUUAAUUUAAAGUCAGAUUUGGAACCAUUGUUUAAUUGGAAUGUAAAGCAACUCUUUCUCUACUUGACUGCAGAGUAUAAAACCAAAAGUAAUGAAUUAAACCAAGUUGUAUUAUGGGACAAAAUCAUCAAGCGUGGUGAAAAUGCAUACUUAGAUCUUCAAGACAUGAAUAGCAAAUAUUAUUUUUUUGAUGAUGGCGCUGGUUUAAAAGGUCAUAAAAAUAUUACUUUGACUCUUUCAUGGAACUUGAUACCAAAUGCUGGUAUUCUACCCAGAAUCAGAGCUCCUGAUCAAUUCGUUUUUUCGUUUCCUGACACUUAUGUCAACAGUUAAUAUUGGGUUGAUAGUUUCAAUUUGUGUGAAUAAAAGUUGAAAGUUUUUGUUA